AUGCGCACCAGCACGUUGACCUGCCUGCCCGGCCCCGCCCCCCUGCUCUUUCUACUGGCCCAUCUCUUCUCGGGGCUCCUCCUGCUUCCUGGACCCGAGUCGGUGGGGGGUGCAGGCUCCUCCCCCUCCGCUUCGAGCCAAUCGUGUCCCACCCUGUGCACGUGCUCAAACCAGGCCAGCCGGGUGAUCUGCACGCGCCAGAGCCUCGACCAGGUCCCGCAGAGCAUCUCCGUCAACACGAGAUACCUCAACCUGCAGGAGAACUCCAUACAGGUGAUCAAAUCGGACACGUUCAAACACUUGCGUCACCUUGAGAUCCUCCAACUGUCCAAGAACCAGAUUCGUCAGAUCGAAGUGGGCGCGUUCAAUGGCCUCCCCAACCUCAACACGCUGGAGCUGUUCGACAACCGACUCACCCUGGUGCCCUCCCACGCUUUCGAGUACCUCAGCAAACUCCGCGAGCUCUGGCUACGCAACAACCCCAUCGAAACCCUGCCCGGCUACGCCUUCCAACGCGUGCCCUCCCUUCGCCGACUGGACUUGGGCGAGCUCAAAAAACUGGAUUUCAUCUCCGACGCUGCUUUCGUCGGUCUCGUCAAUCUACGAUAUCUGAAUCUCGGAAUGUGCGGACUCAAAGACAUUCCCAAACUGACCGCUCUGGUGAGACUGGAGGAGCUGGAGCUGUCCGGAAACCGCUUGGAAAUUAUCCGACCUGGUUCGUUUCAGGGCUUGAUCGCGUUGCGUAAACUGUGGCUGAUGCAUUCUCAAGUUUCAGUCAUAGAACGCAACGCUUUCGAUGAUCUUAAAAACCUAGAGGAGCUCAAUCUGUCCCAUAAUUCCUUGCACUCCUUGCCUCACGAUCUUUUCACGCCGUUACACCAGCUUGAGCGUGUGCAUCUUAACCACAAUCCAUGGGUGUGUAAUUGCGACAUUCUUUGGCUCAGCUGGUGGCUCAAAGAAACCGUUCCCAGUAAUACGACAUGUUGCGCACGAUGUCACGCCCCGCCAUUUUUAAAAGGGAAGUACAUAGGCGAAUUAGACCAGAGCCAUUUUACCUGCUACGCUCCUGUUAUCGUUGAACCGCCGACCGAUCUCAACGUUACCGAAGGAAUGGCUGCUGAGUUAAAAUGCCGUACGAGCACGUCAACAACUUCCGUCAAUUGGAUUACACCAAAUGGUACCCUAAUGACGCACGGUUCUUAUAAAGUCCGAAUAUCCGUCCUUCACGAUGGCACGCUCAACUUUACGAACGUCACUCUCCGCGAUACCGGGCAGUACACGUGCAUGGUAACCAACGCGGCCGGCAACACCACGGCAACAGCGGUCCUCAACGUUACGGCGGCAGAUGCUAGCGUCAACUACACGUAUUUCACCACGGUAACGGUUGAAACUAUGGAAACGAACGGAGAGGAGGAGCCGGCGCGUGUGGUUAUUAAUGAAACGUUUUUUCCGACCUCUUCCGGAAAUUUUAUCCCAGAUGGCGUUCCGACUACCGCCUCCUCUUUAUCUGCGGGUUGGUCAUCGUUAUCUCCAAAAGCGACGCGACCUACUUUUACCGUUCCAAUUACAGAACCAGGAUACUCAGGCCUGGACGACGUUAUGAAAACUACCAAAAUCAUAAUCGGGUGCUUUGUCGCGAUAACGUUCAUGGCCGCGGUUAUGCUCGUGGUUUUCUAUAAAUUGAGAAAGCAACAUCAGCUACACAAGCACCACGGGCCGGCUAGAGCAAUCGAAAUUAUAAACGUUGAGGACGAACUCGGCGCGGGAGCUAGCGGAAGAGGUAGCGGAAUUUCCGGAGGAUCUACCAUAUCGCAAAGCGGUAGUAGCGGCAUAGGAGGAGGUCAGAGUUUAAGGCUACACCAUCCUGAAAUCGUCAACUUACCGAACCUCGCGCGAACGGAGCAUAUGAAUCACUAUUACAAAACGCACCAUUUUAACAAUAACAUGAUGAGUCUCGGGAUGGGGUCCGGUUUGAAUAACAACAACAACCCAUCGCCGUGUUCCCAGGCUCAGUCCAUAUCGUGCACACAAAUUCCAACUUCGAUCGGAGGAGGUAUCCCCACUUGCGGGACCCUUCCCACCCCAGUACCUUUGCCUCAGCUGGGCCUCCACAGUUCGCUGAAAGGCCUCAUGGGCAAAGGCCAAAACGAACCCCUCCUUUUUAAAAGCGGUUCGAAAGAAAACGUACAAGAGACUCAAAUCUAA